CGAUACAGAACGUCAGCACUUCCACCACCACCCAACGACCUCAACACCGGAGCAAUACCGCCAAGAUGGUGAACGUACCAAAGACUCGCCGCACCUACUGCAAGGGCAAGGACUGCAAGAAGCACACCCAGCACAAGGUCACCCAGUACAAGGCUGGAAAGGCCUCCCUGUUCGCCCAGGGUAAGCGUCGUUACGAUCGCAAACAGUCCGGUUAUGGUGGUCAGACCAAGCCUGUGUUCCACAAGAAGGCAAAGACUACCAAGAAGGUCGUGCUCCGAUUAGAAUGCACUCAGUGCAAGACCAAGGCUCAGCUCGCUCUUAAGCGUUGCAAGCACUUCGAGUUGGGUGGUGACAAGAAGACCAAGGGUGCCGCUCUUGUGUUCUAGACGGUUUCAUCCUUCUGAUCAUGGCGUUCGGCUAAGGGAUUUGGGACGAACAGCGAGGCGUGUAGAGACUCAGAUUAGUCUCCAUGCAGCUUACAUCGAAUUCAUGACCAUCUGCUUGACGCCUAUGUUACUUUCAUGUUUCCUAUUCAUCUAUGGGCAAAGGUGCAAUUGAUGCAGCUGACGGCUAGGCUUUCGAACUUUUCCUAAAUCAAGACGCUUGCUCGCUAUGCCGGCUCGAGAAGAGGACAGGAGCCGGAAAUUCCGUCAUCGACUGCGUUCUUCCCGUCGCUUUUCUACGCAGCGCAGGCUUGAAUUCCACCAAAUCGUGCCACCAUCAUCAGUCAUAAAUCCCGAGCGAGCCGGAAACAUCUCAGAUCAAACCUCUCACGCCGC